UUUGUUUGCAAAUAAAUGCUGUGGUCCGUGUCUAAACAUGAACUAUCAUACAUGUGCCACACUGAACUCUAGAGCUGGAGUCUCAAACCCUAACGGUACUCCUGAAUGGGGCCACCAUCGUGCAUUUUACAUCCAGCCCUAGUUAGAGACGCACCAUAAUCAUGUAUUCUAAAUCUCUGGGGUUGCUUGAAGAGUACACAUAAUAAACACAAGAUGAGUUCUCAGCAGUUUCCCAGAGCUGCUCUGCCUCCUUCUGGAGCUGGACCGGGUCAGACGUCUACUGACAGCGGCGUCCUAGGCACACAACCAGUAGGCAGUGAAGACAGUAGCCGUGAAGUGGAUCACUCUCAGGAUCCUCCGCCUGGCAGCAGCAGUGGCAGUGCAGGUGGAAUUGCAUCGUUCCGUGAUGAUAAGCAGGAGAUGGUGGUGGUCAGGCCCUACCCACAGGUCCAAGCUCUAGGCCAGCCUCCUGCUCUGCCCCAGCAUGUGCCUAUCCAGCCCAGCCCUCCUGUAACUGUGGCCGCCCCAUCAGUCCAACUACUACAGGGCCAGCAGUCCAGUGUCAGCGAGGGAUCAGUGAAGGCUGCCCUGAAGUCACCUAUGCCCAGUCGUCUUAUAGCACCUGCUCCAGCCGUUAGCCAAGGUCAUAUACCUGUUCCAGCCAAAGUGUCUGGACAUAUCACAGUUCCCCUUGAGAGCAGCAUUGCUCCAGCCUCUAUACCAGUGGCAACCUUCAGCGGUCAGCAGGGACAGAGUAACCUGCAUCAACUAAUGGCCACUAAUGUGCAGAUCUUCAGGGGCAGUGCACCUGCGCUACAGAUCGCAUCUCCUGCUCCUCCCCACACUUUCACCUCCCAUCUGCCCAGAGGUGCAGCUGCUGCAGCUGUCAUGUCUAGCACUAAAGGCCCUACUGUUCUCAGACCAGCCGGAGGAGGAAACGCAGGCCCUAGCCAACCUGCAGCUGUGCAGCACAUUAUACAUCAGCCUAUUCAGUCUCGACCUUUAGUAACCACCUCGACUGCUGUUCUGCCCACUAUGGUGGCUCCCAUCCCAGCUGCUAGAACCCAGUCCCCAGUCAUCAACACCCCUGUCACACAUGCUGCAGAGAUGGUUCAUGGGCGACCAGUAACCAUUCACCCUCCACCAACCACCAUCAACAUCCAGCGUCCCCCCACUCCCCGGGACACUGCCACGCGUAUCACCCUUCCCUCCCACCCAGCUAUUGGAGCCCAGAAGGCCCAGCUGCCUCACACCGUCACACAGAAACCGAUCUUCAACACUGUGACCCCAGUUGCUGCCGCCACUGUAGCUCCUAUCUUAGCUACCAACUCUGCUUCAUCAGCCACCACUACAGGCUCUUCACCACAUACUCAAAUGACCAGUAACACUAUUGUCACCAUGACAAUGGCCUCUCACUCCUCCCAUACUACAGCUGUGACCACCUCUGCCAUCCCUGUCGCUAAAGUGGUUCCUCAACCGAUUGCCCACACUUCCCCACGCAUCCAGCCAGAGUACCCAGGGGAAAGAACCAACCUGAUUCCCAUCCCAGGUCAUCGCUCUUCUCCAAACCCUGUCACCAUGGAGGCUCGCAGCGAUAACAGGCCGUCAGUGCCAGUGCAGUUUCAGUACUUCUUACCCACAUACCCCUCAUCCCCAUAUCCUCUAACCCACACCUACACCCCCAUUACCAGCUCGGUCUCCACCAUCCGCCCUUACCCAGUCACGGCUCCAUCUCAGAGCUCAGCUCUUCCUGCUCAGGCAGGUGUUGGUGUGGCCACCACUGUGCACUUGAACCCCAUGCAGCUGAUGGCAGUGGAUCGCAUUGGUCUACAGUCUGCCCAGAUCAGCACUCAGAACAUUCAGCCAGCCUCUAUGACUGCUCAGGGCAUUCAACCUGCACCAAUAGGAGUUCAGGGGCUGCAUGCCACUGCACCAAUCAGCACCCAGAGCGUACAGCAGGCUCCAGUCGCCACACAACAGCCACAGUCAGAAGCAAAACCACCAGGUGUUGUUUUGGCUGAAAGUCCUGCUUUUGUCACAAAUCCAAUCGGGAGCACUUUUAGUGGCACACAGCCUGUCACUACGAUGGUGCCGACACACCCCCAGGGGGCGGCUACAGGUGCACCCACACUUGUCUCCUCCCCCCGACCUAGCAUCCUUCGCAAAAAAACUGUGAACGAGGGGGCAGUGCGUAAAAGUCUGAUCCCAGCGCAGCCAAGUGAGCAUAUCGCUGGCCGAGUGGAUAGUGGGAUAAGGCUCUCAGGAUCCCCUCGCCCAGCGGGAGUGAAGCCCAAAUCUGAUGUUCAUGUUGCAAUGGCGCCCCCAGUAAUGGCAACUGUGGAGGCUCUUCCGAGUCACGGAGGUGAGCAGCAGGCACUGUCCACUCCUACCCAGCAUCACUCACAGGCCAUUCCCACCCUUCUGGCCCCACCAGCUCCAACGCCUCCCUCUCAGCCCACUGCCAUUCUUUCAGCCCUGCCUGCAGCCAUGGCUGUCACUCCCCCUGUGCCUGCCUCCAUGGCCAAUGCAGUGGCUUCUCCCACUCAGCCAGCGGCCACCAGCACUGCUGCCCUGAGCUCCACCCUUCCAGAGGUUAAAGUGAAACAGGAAACUGAGCCAAUGGACACUACACAAGCAGUGCCCAUGGCUCCUUCUUCAGCAGGUCCAGCUCCAUCCCUCUCCUCCCAGGCCUCCACCCUGGCCAUAUCUACUCAACCCGGAGACCUCCUGCCUGGGGCCUCUCCAAGAAAAAAACCCCGCAAACAGCAGCAUGUGAUCUCCACUGAGGAGACAGAGAUGGUGGAGACCAACAGCACAGACGAAGAGAGAGCUAGCAGCCGAGCUUCAGGAAACAGACCUGGAAGACAUGAGUCUCCACCUAGGGAAUAUGUUGAUGAGGACGGUGUUCGUUAUGUACCAGUCCGCCCCAGACCUCCCCUUACUCUGUUGCGCCAAUACCGUAACCCAUGGAAGGCUGCCUAUCACCAUUUCCAGAGGUACAGUGACAUCAGAGUCAAAGAGGAGAAGAAAGGAAGCCUUCAGGAAAUGGCCAAUCAGAGAGGAGUAGCAUGUCGAGCUCAGGGCUGGAAAGUGCACCUGUGUGCUGCACAGCUGCUACAGCUGACUAACUUGGAGCAUGACGGCAACAUGCAGCGCUGCAAGCUUGUGAUGGAUCAGGUGGCUGAAGCUCGCGACACCAUGAUGAAAGUACUGGACCAUAAGGACAGAGUCCUGAAGCUGCUCAACAAGAACGGAACUCCCAAGAAGAGCACCAAAUUAAAGCGCAAGGAGCGGGCAUAGAUGCCACUCCAUGGUCUUAAGCUUUGUCCUUCAGCAUAGUCGAACACAGGAAUGCUCUUCAAAAGCUGGACCUGUCAUGGUUUAUCAGGUUGCUGUGCACAAUCGUCUACUUACUUUUACAGUCUCAAAGAGAGCGAAAGACAGUCGUAAACCAUCAAAUUGUUUUUACAGGAACUGCUGCUUACUGUGGACUGUCAGACUGUCCAUUGGGUAUGAGGCAGCCUGGUUAACCAAUGCAAUACUUUUUUAAAAGUAUUCCAUUUUAGAAGAAACAUUUUGUCUUAUUUUUUUAUUUUAUUUUUUUAGUUGUAGAGGCAAUGCUUUUUGGGUAAUGGACCUUAAAGAUCAGAAAGGUCAUGUUUGCUAGAUGUAACUUUUGUAUUUAGUUUGAAUCACACCAAGUACACACUGCGCACAUUCUCACUGGAGUGUGCUAGCUUUCCAUGUUUUGGUGCCUUGUAACAUGGGUGAAACUGGGAUUUUUUUAUGUGCGUGAAAUACAAAAGUUAAAGUUAAUCGCUUCCCGAUUAGCCAGAAAUUAA